CAUUAACGUUGGCCCUUCCUUUCUUUCACCUGCAGCGCCAGCCGGUCCGGCGAAGGUCUCAUGAUCCGCAACGUUUCGGUGCGAGACAUGCGCUGGCCCACGUCCCUCGGCGCCCACGGUUCCGACGCCAUGCAUACCGACCCCGACUACUCGUGCGCCUACGUCGUCAUCUACACCAUGAACGGCGCGGAGGGCCACGGCCUCACCUUCACCCUCGGCAGGGGCACUGAAAUCGUUGUACAGGCCGUGCACACCCUGUCGAGCCUCGUGAUCGGCAAGGACGCCGCCGACAUCUUCAACAACUUCGGCAGCUUCUGGAGGAAGCUCACAAGCGAGACUCAGCUCCGAUGGAUCGGCCCGGAGAAGGGAGUGAUGCACCUCGCCACCGCCGCCCUCGUCAACGCGCUCUGGGACCUGUGGGCUCGCGUGCAGCACAAGCCCCUCUGGAAGCUCAUCGCCGACAUGGAGCCCGAGCAGCUCGUCAACUGCAUCGACUUCAGAUACAUCACGGACGUCAUUACGCCCCAGGAGGCCAUCAAGAUCCUCAAGGAGCGCCAGCCCAACCGCGAGAAGAUGGAGCGCGAGGUGCUGACCAAAGGGUACCCCGCCUACACCACACAGGUGGGCUGGCUGGGCUACUCCAACGAGACCGUGACCCAGCUGUGUCACAAGUACCUGUCCGAGGGCUUCACCGCCUUUAAGCUCAAGGUCGGACAGGACCUGUCGGACGACAAGCGGCGCUGCAAGCUCGUCAGACAGAUCAUCGGCGACGACAAGCUGCUGAUGGUGGACGCCAACCAGAACUGGGACGUACAGGAGGCCAUCGCGUGGAUGAAGGAGCUGGCGCCCUUCAAGCCCCUGUGGAUCGAGGAGCCCACCUCCCCAGACGACGUCCUCGGCCACCUCGCCAUCUCCAAGGCAUUGGCCCCCCUGGGCAUCGGCGUGGCUACCGGCGAGAUGUGCUGCAACCGCGUGCUGUUCAAGCAGUUCCUGCAGUCCGGCGCCAUGCAGUUCUGCCAGAUCGACUCUGCGCGUAUCGGCGGCGUCAACGAGAUCCUGGCCGUGUACCUCAUGGCGUACAAGCUCGGAGUGAAGGUCUGCCCGCAUGCUGGCGGCGUCGGCCUGUGCGAGAUGGUGCAGCACCUGCAGCUGUUCGACUACAUCUGCCUGUCCCAGAGCAGUGAGGGACGCUUCAUCGAGUACGUCGACCAGCAGCACGAGCACUUCGUCCACCCCGUGGUCGUCCGCAACAGUCAUUACAUGACACCCAAGGCACCCGGCUACAGCACGGAGCUAGAGCGCGAGGCCGCGGAGGGCUACGAGUGGCCCAUCGGCUCCGAGUGGCAGAAGCUGUUCGCCAGCGGCAAGUUUGUCGACCCGCGACACGCCACCACGCUGCCCCCCACCAAGCACUAGUCGGCAGCCCUAUCCCCGCCCGCCCCUCCAGGCUCCCCUGGAAAUCUAUGGCUGUGAAGAGUCGUCCUGAUGCCGUCCGGCUGAACUGAGUCCUGUGUCGAUAGGUGGCGCUUUUGGUCAAUGUAAAUCUGUACAUAUACGUUCACACACAAAGAAAAGAAAUCACUGCCGCACGCCGCCCACUUCUACGAAAAGACUAGAAGUUCUAUUGUAAGUUUUCGUCCUUCAUUUUUUUUUAGACCACUACAAGUUACAAUAAAAAGACCCAUUUCAACUUUUUUUUAAAAA